AUGGAUCAUGAUGUAAUCUUGGAUACAAGAGGCUGUAGAGGGCCCAGCUUCAGCCUUAGAAAUAAGGUCCUCACAAUGUUUGAAGAUAACUAUCCUGAAGGGCUGAAGAGGGUGUUACUCAUUAAAGCGCCCAAACUGUUUCCAGUGGCCUACAACCUCAUCAAACACUUUAUGUGUGAGGAAACAAGACGCAAGAUCCAGGUUUUAGGAAGUAACUGGCCUGAAGUCUUACAAAAACACAUUGACCCAGAUGAGCUUCCUGUGUUCUACGGAGGAAACCUGACCGACCCGGAUGGAGACCCUCGCUGCACAACCAUGAUAAAUUAUGGAGGUGAGGUCCCAAGGUCGUAUUACGUGCAGGACAGUCUGAAGGUCGAGUACGACAGAAGCAUUACAAUUGGCCGCGGCUCCAGCUUCCAGCUGGAGUUUGACAUCACUGCUCCCAGCAGCCUCCUGAGGUGGCAGUUUGCCAGCGACGGCGCUGACAUUGGGUUUGGAGUGUACAGGCGGACCAAGGAGGGCAGUGGUCAGAAGGUGGCUGAGAUGAUGCAGGUUCUUCCCAGCGAACGCUACAACGCCCACAUGGUUCCUGAAGACAGCUGCCUCACCUGCUCUGAGCCAGGAGUCUAUGUGCUGUGUUUUGACAACAGCUACAGCUACCUUCAGUCCAAGAAGGUGAGCUACAAAGUUGAGAUUGUUCCUCCUUCAGACGGGAGGCUGCAGUGAGGACAUCCAUACCUGAAGCAACAAGUUCCCACCGCCAGAAUCUGUCAAAAUGUAGUUACUCAACAGCUGCAAUGACCACCAUCUUUUGUCUUCAGUGCACUUUAUAUUAUCAUGUCAUCAUCAUCAACUUUAUUUAUAAAGCGCUUUACAUCAUGUAAUUGUUUACAGUCUGGAGUAAAUACAUGAUUGGUCCAAAGAUAAACCAGUACUAUGAGAGCAGUGCAAGUAAAACAAAAAAGUUGUGACAAAAACAACAAUCUGAACUAAAAAGCUCAAAACAAGCAACACAUGCCUUAGAGUUGUAAAAAUACAAAUUAUAAGUUGCAGCUAUGAUGAAACAUGUCUUUUGUUUCACGACAAUUAAUUAAAAAAAUACACCUAAACGUGAAUUCUGCAGCCAACCAGUAGAGGACA